CACUGAAAGAAGCCUUCCAUUGGUUUACUUCAGGUCACGUUCAAUGUGAUUUUAAUGAGUGUUUUUAUUCAAAUAGGAUCUAUACAAUUCAUUGAACCCUUGAACAAAUUGAAAUUGAGACAAUGACAGGAUUCUUUCUCCUUUUUACAACUGAACCAUUGUCAGUUCUUACUGCUGAUAUAAUGUGUGUCAUGCAGUUUAUGAACAAAAUCUGUUUCUUUAGAAUCUUGAAAAGUAUGUUUUACUUUGCAGCUUUUAUAUUAGAAAUGGUUGUUUAUUAUUGUCUAUUAUCUGAGGCUGCUAAGAGUUUCUGACUUUGUAUGGUUUUAUAGUUGCUGUUUCAAUUUUAUUUGUUUUAUUUCCUAAGUGUUGUACUGCUGGUGACAUAACCUGGACUUUGAUCAGUUUCUGGCAUAGCUGUAACCGUGGGAUGAGGCAUGUCGGGGUUUGUCUCCUGGUUGACAUUAUUCUGAUUGUUAAAGCACAAACUUUUUAUGAUGUCUAGUGUUGUACUCCCAUUACAGCUUAUUUGUAAUUCAGUAAAUGCAGAAAUAAUAUCCAGGUUUUACAGAAUGUCAUAAUUUGAGUGGUGAAUAGGUUCUGUUAGUGCCUAUUUAUUUUUAUUGUACAAAGUGUUUCCACUGAGAUGUUUUUUGUGCAUCUGUUCAUUGACUCCAUAUCUUUCUAAAUUCCAAGAUGUGUAAAAGAUGUGCUUUGGGAGACACACUUACAAGUGCUCAGGCCUCUGUGGGGAUUUCACAGCCAUGUGAACGACCGCUAGUAACCUCUCAUGUGCCCUCUUGCUCUCUUUUUUUCUCCCUCCUUUUUUCUCCUCUCACUCUCUUACUCACUCACCCACCUUCUCUUCUGUCAUUCUUUCCAGUUGCUUGUUUUCUCACUUGCUUUCUUGUUUUCAUAAAAUCCUUUGGAACACCUCAGCAUUGGAGCUGUACAACCUCCAAACAGAAGUCAAACUCUUGUUUUUCUCUCUUUGUUUUGCUGUCAGUCAGAAAGCUGCAACACAGAAGAGUCUAUUAUAGGAGAGAAGUUUCCUCCGAUGGCAUCCAGACUUUUGGAGAGGAUAAACAUGAUGUGCUGCUAGUGACGCAGAGAACAACAUGGACAGACAAUAACAAAUCGUCACACUAGGGGUGCAGUCUUGGUUCGUUAUGACAAGUGGCUGUGUGGAAGAUGUCCACCCUUUCUACGACUGAUAUCACUGAUGUUGGUCAUGGGGACUCUCUGUGCUGCGCCAGUGAAGAGGGCCCUUCAGCAGCAACAGCAGAAGUGAAACAGGAGACUCUCAGUCAGACGGCCUCAUACAGCACCUCACACAAUGAGCUGAACGACACGCUGUUCAUGGAGCCCAGCGACAUCAAGAUGUACCCCACAGAGGACACACCUGCACCAGAGGGUCAGCCAGUCAAGAGAAAGAAAGGCCCUGCUCCCAAGAUGCUGGGGAAUGAGGUGUGUAGCGUAUGUGGAGACAAAGCAUCUGGCUUUCAUUACAAUGUGCUGAGCUGUGAGGGCUGUAAAGGUUUCUUCAGACGCAGCGUCAUCAAAGGAGCGCAAUACACUUGCAAAAAUUCAGGCCGCUGCGAGAUGGACAUGUACAUGCGGCGCAAGUGUCAGCAGUGCCGUCUGCGCAAGUGCAGAGAGGCCGGCAUGCUGGAGCAAUGCGUUCUGUCAGAAGAGCAGAUCCGACUAAAAAAGAUGAAAAAACAGGAAGAAGAGACAGCACGUACCUCUGCAGUGGCAACACCCAGCCCUGCUCCUGAGAUGCCCCCUCUGGCUCCUGAACAGCAGGAGAUGAUUGAAAAACUGGUGGCCAUGCAGAAACAGUGCAACAAACGCUCUUUUCUCGACCGGCCCAAAGUCACUCCUUGGCCACAGAGUCAGGACCCACUUAACCGAGAGGUUCGACAGCAGCGGUUUGCUCAUUUCACUGAGCUGGCCAUCAUGUCUGUGCAGGAGAUUGUAGACUUUGCUAAACAGCUGCCUGGCUUCCUGGAGCUCACCCGAGAGGACCAGAUCGCCCUGCUGAAGACCUCAACUAUAGAGAUCAUGCUGCUAGAGACUUCCAGACGUUAUAACCCAGCGAUAGAGAGCAUCACCUUUCUCAAAGACUUCAGUUAUAAUAAGGAAGAUUUUGCCAAAGCAGGGUUGCAGUUUGAGUUCAUCAACCCCAUCUUUGAGUUUUCAAAAGGCAUGAAUGACCUCCACCUGGAUGAGGCUGAGUACGCUUUGCUCAUCGCUAUCAACAUUUUCUCGGCAGACCGACCGAACGUGCAGGAUCACGAGUUAGUGGAAAGACUACAGCAGCCAUAUGUGGAUGCUCUCCACUCUUACAUCCGAAUAAAACGACCCAACGAUCAUCUGAUGUUUCCCCGGAUGCUGAUGAAGCUGGUCAGCCUACGCACACUGAGCAGCGUCCACUCAGAGCAAGUCUUUGCUCUGCGCCUCCAAGACAAGAAACUCCCACCUCUGCUUUCUGAAAUUUGGGAUGUCCACGAGUGAGCCGGCGCUCUGCCUCCAGGACAGAACGAGCCAGUGUCAGAGAAACAUGGGUGGGCAGGGGUCCUCUACAGACAGAACACAGGGUCAUGAUGUCCUUAAGGGCUGAAAUGUCUCCCACUGUCACGAGAAGCCUGCUUUUAUCAUUCUCUUCCUUGACUUCUAUAUUUUGGACCCAGUGGUCAGUGAGCUGCUUCCUUUUGAAUGUGCUAUUGAUAGACUGUAUGGCCAGAAGUAGCUCAGGGACCGUUCAGAACAGAUAAUGGUUAUUUAACCAUGGUCAUUAGAGCUUGGACAUCAGGAUGGGUUUGGAUUCAGAGACUGACUUGCUAGAGUGAGCAGCCACAAACAGUGUGGUCAUGGUUUUUUUUAGUCGUUGUUGUUGUUUAUACCUAAUGUUUCCAGUACCAAAAGCUUUGAGCAGGUUUUGGCAAUGGUUUCUACUUUCUAAUUAACAGAAGAGGUUGUCUUGAAGGUUCUUCAUUACAGAAAUGUAGUUUAUUUACAGUGUUUUUUGUGAUUCCACUCUGGCUGAAUGGUUGGAAAUGGCUGACGGCCAUUUGAUUUUAUUUUUUUUUAACAUGCAUAGAUCACGCAUAACAAUGAGUAACACAGUCUUCUGUUAGUACAGACUCAUUCGCUCAUUUUUAUUACAUGAUGUUUGACAUGCAUUUAGUCUCUAAUUAUGUUAAAACACAAUCUUCUGUUAACACCCAAAGGUUUUUAUGGACAAAAUCAAUCAGUGCUUUACCAGUGCAAGCCAUUCAGAGCCCAUGUUACACAGAUCCAGCACAUCACAACCUACACAAGGUAUUCUGUUUUCUGCUGGUUGGAAUAUUCAGAAGAAGAACUGACAAACCAAAUGGCCUGAUUUUAUGAGGUCGAACGUACUGCAGAUGUAUUCUGCACACCAUCCCAAUGUUUUGGAGUGGUUAAAAGUGCUUAUCAGUGUAGCAUAUGGUUGGCUGUGAUCGGUAAGAGUCACUGGAGCUGUUAACCCGAAUCAGUGUGCUGCUCAACUCACAGCGACUACUGAGAUACAUAGAUAGAUAGAUAACCUUCAAGUGUGAAGCCUUCUGAAAACUUAAUGCAGACCAUGAUUAUUCCUUUUCCAUCACAUUAUCAUGUGUAGUUACUGCAAUCUCCAACUUAACAUGCUGUAGUUUCUUUUUUCUUUUUUUGACUCAUCAGUUCUACUUAGAGGGCUGAUGUUGUUUGACAAUUAAUUCUCGAAAACAUAACAUGCAUACACAAACUAAAUCUCAGUUUGAUGCCUAUGUCUUAAUCAAUGUGUCAUUUUUGUCCCUGAAUACAAAUCACAAACGAACAGUACAGAAAUAUAUAUCUUCCAAAAUCAGUGGUUGAAAUUGUCAUAGAAAAUAACUUGGGCCAUUAUUGUUGUACUUCAUCACUUGAUUUUUAUUUUUUAAAAUAAAUAAUAUCAUUGUUAUAUUUAGUUCUAUAUACACCCAUUCUUCAAAGAGGAUAGUUUUGUCAACUUUUAUUCACACAUACUAAAUAAUUUAAUUUAAAUCUUUAAUAUUCCUUUUUGUGUGAUUUUGCAAUUAUCUAGCAGUCUGUUUUAACACAGUUUUGUUGAAUGAAUGAAUGAAUGAAUGAAUGAGGCAUUUAUAUUAUGUUGUACCUCACUUAUACAUUAUGAUGAUAUUCAGAUAGUCUGAAUGCACACAGAAUAAAACCUGUCCCAUCCACAUCAAGAGAGAUUGGCAAUGUAUGUGAAACAACCGUAUUUUGGUAUUAAACUUAACUGGAUCUCAGCAGUAGCUCUGAAAAAAGGGACUAGGCAAAUGAGAGCACUUUGUAAUUUCUUCUUAUGCACCGUAACAAUGCAAAUAUCCAGUGUGACCAUGUACAAUUCAGGUUUUACUGAUCUUAAAAACCACUUUUAUGAUGGCAUGGGUUGUUGUGAAUCAAUUACAGAAUUUAACAUUGCAAAAAUAAGCAUCAUUUCUAUGGUUGACUAAUACAGUUGGUUUGCUGUGGCAUUCUUUGCCCUGACUGUGCAUAUUGUUGAGACUUUGUUUGCUAAAUCAGAUGCUGAUGUGUUCAUUUUUAUACCACCUUUCUGUCAGCUAGUGAAAUUGCUAAAUGCACAUUCGUUUUCCUCAAGAUCUUUUUGAUUUCUGAUUAAUCUUGUCCAGGCUCAUUUUAUUCUAAGUCAUUUCCAAUCUUUCAAAAGGGCUUGAAAAUACAAUUGUGUCAAUGCAGUUCUUUUACCUUCAUCUGUUCAGCAGCCAAACUCAGACAGUUCACAAAAUGAAACUUGGUAUAAAACCCACUGAAAGACACAUUGUUAAACCUCAAUGAUCUUCCUGAUGAUUUGUCAUUGCUUAUCAUCUGUUUGUGCACAUUUGAAGUGUGAUGAGGGCAUAGACAAAUUGUAGUCAUCACUGAAAUGAGUGUUUACUCCCGCUGCUCUAAGCUGUUUUGUCCAAACUGAAAUGAUAAAAUGAUUUUCUAACAGAGUGUUAUUACAUGAGGCAAAGUGUAAUGCAAAGUUGAUUGUAGUUCUAAUUUAUUUGUACCCUCUCAGCUCAGUGGACCUCCUUGCUCUGAUUAACAUUAGUCUUCAAUAGAGAGUCAUGGACGUCAUCAUAGAAAUGCAACCUUAUGUUUUUAACGCCUUAAGUCCUUGGAUGUAUACUGCUUUAUAUGUAUAAAUUAAAAGUAGACUAAAUUUAUUGUUCUGUGAGAGUAUAUAUUUAUCUGAUAAAAAUGCUGAAAAACCUAGAUGACUCAAAGCCUAUUCUUUAUACAGAAAUGCAUUUACCUGAAACAGGGAACCUCCGAAUUGUUUCUGUCUUUUUAUUACUGUGCUGUUUUUUAAAUAGAUCAGGGUUGACCCUGUUAAUAAAUACUGAAUCUGAGCUUACA